AUGGUGAAUGGAUCGAGGUGGAUCACGCAAGAAAAUGGGCUUACAUGGAACACAAGGCAGAGGAUAAUAUCAGAUAUUGCGAAAGGAUUAGCUUAUCUACAUGAGGAUUGCAGCCAUAAGAUAAUUCAUUUGGACAUUAAACCACAAAACAUCCUUAUAGAUCAAAAUUUCAAUGCUAAGAUAUCUGAUUUUGGUCUGUCGAAGCUAAUUGAGAAAGACAAAAGCAAAGUUGUGACUAGAAUGAGAGGAACGCCGGGGUAUAUAGCCCCUGAAUGGUUGAGCUCAAUAAUCACUGAAAAAGUUGAUGUGUAUGCUUUUGGAAUUGUGCUCUUGGAAACUCUCUGUGGACGAAAGAAUUUGGACUGGUCCCAAACUGAUGAAGAAGAUGUCCAUUUGCUAACUGUUUUUACGAGAAAAGCAGAACAAGAGCAGCUCACAGAUAUGGUUGACAGAAACGAAGAUAUGCAGCUCCACAGAGAAGCAGUGACAGAAAUGAUGAGCAUUGCUGCAUGGUGUCUACAGGGCGAUUUCUCCAAGAGACCAUCCAUGUCAUUGGUGGUUAAGGCACUCGAAGGUUUGGUGACUGUUGAAACCAACUUAGAUUAUAAUUUCAGAAAUGUACCUAAGGUUGGGGCAGGCAACCAACCGAGGGAAGCCGCUAUCAGCUCAAAAUUGCCAUCAGUUUUAUCGGGACCGAGGUAAACAA